UGAAUUUCUCCAUCAGCACGAUUAGGUAAAAACGCGAAUUUCUAUUCUUUACCCGCUGAAACUUUCACAUAGGAUCUCAUGGAAGGAUCACCGAAAAACGACAUUUAUUUUUGCCUGAUGCGAGUGUUUUGUUCGCAAACACUACGUGCAGCUGGCCUUGAUCGUACAAAAUUGUCGCUGUUGGAUUCAUUUACAGAUAUAAUGAUCCGUUACAUCCAACUGCUGUCAGAAACUACAAUGGCAGAAGCAGAAUUGAGUAGGAAAAAAGACUGCGACUUACAAGACUUUCGACUGGCCCUUGAAGAAGUGGGUUUGCUCGAUGGUACAGAAGAGGAUGUGAAAGAGUUCAUUGAAUGGUACCAUGGACCUCAAAUGGACGAACUUCGACGUGUAGCAGGAUUCCAACCAGCCUCAGAAACACAGACGAAGCCAAAGGAUUGGCUGACGAAUCUUGUACAGAAACAAGUACGGGUUAGUGGCCCUGAGCGGUUUCAAGAUACGAUGUUCUCCUCUGCAGUUCAAAAUAAUCCUUCUUAUCCCACAUAAUGGAAUCGAACUUUUUUAAAUGACUUUAUUUUUUAUCUUAGACCGCUUGGUUCGUUUCCUCUGAUAAUUCAUACGCCAGACAAUUUUUAUCGAACCCAAUUCCUUUCUAUUCAUAUGUUUGACAGUGUACGAGAAAGUAUGAAUUUAUUAUUGGCGCUGAAAAGUUAGAUUUUGGAAGCAAAUGUCAACGAAUAGGAAAGUGCGGGCUGGUUUUCAACAUACGGAUUUUCUUUCCAUGAAUAUACUCGGAUUAUAACUGCAUGAACAGUUUAUUCUUAUUUAUUUAAGCAAAUUUUUCAAUUAUUAUCCCGGAAUGCUUGUCUAUAUAUAAAUCAUAAACUGAAGGAUUGCCUUCACGCAACGCGCUUAGAAAAGAUAUAAAUGGUGUCUGGUAUUCAAGUCGUUGCUUUGUUAUUGUGAUUAUUUUAUCGUUGCUGAUGAAUCAUAAAAAGGAAAUGUGAGACUUUAACAAAAGAAUGUGCUGUGAGUCUCAAAAAAUUUGUUCACGUUUCAUGUACCAAAUCUUUACUCAGGCUUCAAGGAGUAUUGACUAGAAAAGAGAUCCUGUUUAUCCCUAAAAUCGUUCACAAAUGAGUAAUGGUUUCUUCUGACAAGCUCAUCUCCUUAUUCUUGUGAAUUCGGACCUUUGUCUUUUAUAUUGUACUUUGCCUUAUAUAAGUUGUCCAUUAUAACAAUUUAAGACUCUUAGUCAAAGACGAAUUUCUUAUAAAUGUCUGUUUUUACCCAGACAAUAUUUCCC